AUGCCCCACACUCUCUCACUCUUCCCUCUUUCGUUCGGAAUCCCACACUCUCUCGUUUACUAUCUCUUUCUAGCACUGCACCACCUCCCGCUUUGGUACCGGACUCUUCUCUCACCGGCCACCCACACACGCACGCAAUCCACCAGAACACCCACACGAAAACAACACUCAAUAUUGAAAAACUUGUUUCAAACCUCUGCCCCCGCACCCUCUCGUUCUUUUCUCUCUCUCUCUGACGCGCCCGCUCGUUUCCUAUCUUUUCUCUCUCUCUCUCUCUUUCUCUCUGACACGCGCCUGCUCAUUCUUUUCUCUUUCUCCCUGACUCGCACCCGCUCGUUCCUAUCUUUCUCUCUCUCUUUCUCCCUGACUCGCGCCCGCCCAUUCCUCUCUGACUGCCCGUCUCUCUCUCACUCUGUCUCGCGCCUUACCCUAUGUUACAUUCCCUCUCACAUUUUCUCUCUCUCCUUUUCUCUCUCUGUAACACACAUUCGCAUAUACUCUCCUUCUGACACAUACCUGCUUACAUUCUGUCGCUUUCUACCACACAUCCGUGCCUAUUCUCUGUGUGUGACACAUAUCCGCCACUAUUCUCUUUAUCUCCGACACAUAUCCGUACCUAGCCACUCUUUCCCCUUCUCUCUCUCUCUCUCUCUCUCUCUCUCUCUCUCUCGCUGGCACACAUCCGCGCCUCUUCUCUCUCUCCCUGUGACACACAUCUGCUCCUCUUCUCUCUCUCCCUGUGACACACAUCCGCGCCUCUUCUCUCUCUCCCUGUGA